GGCACGAGGGGGCCACAGAGGAGGUGAGUGACGGAUUUACCCUCGGAGGGGUAAAAAGAUGACCGUGGUGUCCCAGGAGAACCACGACGACACUGUGGUCGUAACGCAUUUGUAUCAAGAUGCUGCUGACUUGGAACCAGCGGACCAAGAGUGCAGCGAGAGGGUGAUCAUCAACAUCUCCGGUCUGCGCUUUGAGACGCAGCUCAAGACCCUCUGCCGCUUCCCCACCACGCUUUUGGGCGACGCGCGCAAACGGAUGCGCUUCUUUGACCCGCUGAGAAACGAGUACUUCUUCGACAGGAACAGGCCGAGUUUUGAUGGCGUCCUCUAUUAUUACCAGUCAGGAGGGCGGCUUCGGAGGCCCGUGAGUGUCCCUGUGGAUAUUUUCCUGGAAGAACUCAAGUUUUAUGAAAUCGACGACGAGGUGAUCGAACUUUUCCGAGAGGAUGAGGGCUUAUUGAGUGAAGAGGACCGCCCGCUGCCCAACAACGUGUACCAGCGCCAGUUAUGGCUUCUGUUCGAGUACCCGGAGAGCUCAGGACCUGCGCGGAUAAACGCCAUUGUGUCAGUGAUGGUUAUUUUAAUAUCCAUAAUUAUAUUCUGCUUGGAGACUUUACCCGAGUUUAGAGAACUCGCCCCAGUGCCGGACAAUCCCGCCAAUGGAAGUGCUGACGGCCAAGCGCUCAGUCCGUUUACAGAUCCGUUUUUCAUGGUGGAGACACUUUGCAUCGUGUGGUUCUCUUUUGAAUUCUCCAUGAGGUUUCUCUCCUGUCCCAGUAAAGCAGCUUUCUUUAAAAACAUCAUGAACCUGAUCGAUGUCGUGGCUAUAGCUCCCUAUUUCAUCACCCUGGGCCUUGAUCUCGCGGAUCAUCAUGGCAGUCAGCAGGCGGCGUCUCUGGCCAUACUAAGGGUCAUUCGUCUGGUCCGUGUUUUCAGGAUUUUUAAACUUUCCAGACACUCCAAGGGUCUCCAGAUUCUCGGCCAAACGCUUCACGCAAGCCUACGGGAGCUGGGACUACUCAUAUUCUUCCUGAUUAUUGGAGUGGUUUUAUUCUCCAGUUCGGUUUAUUUUGCAGAAGCAGAAGACCCCGAGUCUGUAUUUACAAGCAUACCUGACGCGUUUUGGUGGGCUGUGGUGACAAUGACCACCGUUGGAUAUGGAGACAUGUAUCCCACCACCAUCGGGGGGAAAUUCGUUGGAUCUUUGUGUGCCAUCGCCGGUGUGCUAACCAUAGCUUUACCUGUCCCUGUCAUAGUGUCCAACUUCAAUUACUUCUACCACAGAGAGAACGAGGAUGAGGAAAAUGUUCAAUACGUGCACGUGACAUGUGGACAGCAGCAGCAGCCCUCCUUAAUAACUUUUUAGUGCAAAGUUGGACUCCCAUCUUGUCCGUGUGUUGGCACAGUCGAUUGGAUUGCAUUGCAGCUCGAUGUGAAUCCCAACAUAGCCCAAGACAUUGCAAUGCAGCCUCUGCAUGACGCGAAUGCAUUGUGAAUUUGAAAUGUGAUCAAAUAUUUAUUUUUCUAAUUCAAACAUGUAUCUGAACUUAACUUAAUCCUUUUAUAAAUAAAUUAUGAAUCAGAAAAAUA